UACCCCGCGGAAGUUGAUUUGUAAAGUAGGAGAAGGGAUGUAAUUCGGCAUCAAAACAGUCUGAAAAGCGUUGAUAUUUUUCGCAGUGUUACCUUGGGGUUUGGAUAUUCUAUUGCAGAAAUAGAAGAACUCUAAGAAGCUCGUGUGUAUUUGGUACCUGUCCCAGUUUUUUUUGAUCACCAUGUUGGAGUGUGGGAUGCUGGAGCAGGACAGACGGGCUCUAAGGAGACGCUCUGCUGUUCUGUGCAAACAGCUGGUUGUAGAUGAACUGCUCAUUCAGUUCUUACAGGCAGACGAAAUCCUGACAGAGAGCAUGGCAGAGAGCAUCAUGGCUGAGCAAACAUCUCACAAACGGAGCUGGCGUUUACUUCUACUUUUACCAAAGCGAGGACCAAGAGCAUUUAGCAGCUUUUGUUCAGCUCUACAAGAAACUGACCAGCAGCACCUGUGUGACCUGCUCACACAAUCACCAGAAAAAGACGGAAAAGAAACACAUUCAGAAAGAUUUGUUGAGUCUCCUCUUCCCCUUUCAACCCAAGAAGGAAUUGCUGCAAAGCGAGCAAGGACACAAGAGUCCAUGGAGUUUAGUCUGGAUGCGGAUAGUCCCAUCAACACUCCGGUGCUCCCGUGUACAACGGAAUUUUACCUCUCCCACUGCCAGAAGUCCUACAGAAUGAAUUCAUCUCCUCGUGGUUUUGCCUUGGUGAUCAGCAAUGUGACCUUUGAUCCUCGUGCUGCUCCCGACCUUGACCCAAGGAAAGGAGGUGAGGUGGAUGAUGAGGUCCUCAGGAAGGUCUUCACAGAGCUUGACUACCUGGUUACUGUCCACAGAGACCUCACUGCUCAGGGCAUGAGGGCAUGCAUUGAGAACUUUGGUCGACGACAGGACCACCGGACAGUGGACAGCUGUGUGGUGUGUCUGCUUUCCCACGGAGUGGAGGGAGCUAUAUAUGGCACAGAUGGAGAGCUUCUGCAGCUGGACUGGGUGUUUGAGGCCUUUGACAAUGCACACUGCCCCCUGCUUCAGAACAAGCCAAAGAUGUUCUUUAUUCAGGCCUGCAGAGGAGAGGAGAUGGACUGUGGAGUGGAGCAGAUAGACGGGCCAGUGAGGACAAGCUCACCUAGCUGUGAACAGCGGGAUGCUGGAAGAGAGGGACAGGCGGACGCAGACUCCAGACGGAGAGGAGACAUGGGGAGACCCAGGAUUAAACUGCCCCAGCGCUCCGACAUGAUCUGUGGAUAUGCAUCUCUCAAAGGUCAGAAAAUUUGCACGGCAGCCAUGCGAAACACCAAGAGAGGAUCUUGGUUUAUUCAGGAACUUAACACAGCUCUCCGCCUCCAUGCCAGAGACACACACAUUGCAGACAUCCUGGUGCAGGUCAAUGGACAUAUCAAAGAGCGGGAAGGUUAUGCUCCAGGCACUGCCCACCACCGAUGCAAAGAGAUGUCUGAGUUCACCAGCUCAUUGUGCAAAGACCUCUACCUUUUCCCCAAGUACCAGCCUCAGUAUUGACAUGCAAAUUUGCAUAAUUACACACACACGGACCAUUCCUUUCCAUUAAAGCCUCACUUUAAAGGCCAGGAACUGUUCUUUCUAUGCCAAUUACUGCCACACCUUCCCCUAUUACAAAUGCACAUCCAUAUUGAGGAUUUAUUUAGUUGUAUUUUUUGCAUGAAAUCAGACAGACAUUCCCUCUAACUCAUGCAAACUUUGCCAUUAAAGUGGCAACUUCAGUUAAUCUACCUGGGAAAUGGGCAACAUAUAAGCAUAUAACAUGUGUUUCUGCAUGUCUGUAUUACAGGUUUAGUAGUUAUUCCUUCAGAUUGAAACAGAGAUGUAUUUUUGUUUUCCUACUGCACAGCUGCUUUGAGGUUUCAGUCACUUUUUAGAAAAGUAUUUUUACACAGAUGUAUUUUUGUGGCUUUAUUUUGUAUGAAUUGUUUUUUAAACUUUUAAAGCUCAUUCUCUUUGUAUAUAAUGUUUGUCAUAAGAUGUGGUAAUUUCUUUUUUUUGUGGCACAUAGCCACAGGCAGGGGGCAGCAAAGCAGAGACAAAUGCAUUUCAGCAUCUCUUAUCAAUAUUCCUUAGGGCUCCUGCAGGUUCAUAUUAUUUUUGCUGUCUAGAUCAUGGGCAGGUUUUAACUCAGUUAUUAUCAGCUAUAGUUCAGAUGAAACUGAAAAGUCUCCAGCUGUUUUUUUUUUUUUUUUAACUUAUUUUCAGAUUAGUUUUUACAGUUUGCCUUACCAACAGAAAAAAAUACAGGGCAGCUCUAAAACAGGAUCUUGAAUUUCCCAGACAUAAAUAUAUUUUUUGUACCCCUUUUCUCUAUGGACAUUCAGACAAGUCUGUCAAUUUAGAGCACUGUAUGAAAUGCCCCUUCUCAGCUGUGUUAGUGUAGGUGUGUCCCUGCCAGGGUGGUGGGCUGCCUGGGGAAUGUGGUGCUACUCAUGGGGUCAUACAUGUUAAGUAUGAACUCUGACUUUUACUCUGACUUACGACUGCUAAUAGUCUCUCUUGACAUCAGAGGUGCAUAUUUAGACGGUCAAUCAGCAUUUUUGUGAUAUUUUACUGUUACUGUAUGUGACUACAGUAGGGAUAAACAUGUAUUUACUGUCUUCCAUAAAUGUUAUGCAGUUUUCUACAGCAGCCUGUGUCAUGUGAGGAUGAUCUGUUAGAUGAAUUUAAGACCACAGAGCUUUCACAGUAUAUUGUAUCACUUCAGCCCCCCCCCACAAACACACCGAGAAAUCAAUUUAUCAAGGCUGUGUGCAUUGAUGUUUCCCAGAAAAGCCCCGAGCAGGCAAAGUGUGUUUAGUUACAACAGUGUUGUCGUGAGGAAAACAGAAUACAUGGUCGAAACAGUAUUGAUUGUUAACCAUCUGUAAACAAAGAUGCUUUUAAGUGAGUGUUAGGAGUGAGCACCUUCAGAAUAAGGUUUCCACACGCUCCUCUUAUCCUCUUUUCUUUUAUGUGAUUAGGAAAUAUGAUUUCAAAUAAAAAAACAGAGGAGUGAGUGGUAUGAAAGAGUAACUGCUACAGGCUGAGAAGUUUUCAAGAUUGGAUACGCUGCCAAGCUCUGCUGAGGUGCAGUGUGGGGGGGCCAAGAGAGAUUUGAUUUCUGUCAACGCCAAUCACUGCCAAAUGUUUUCUACAAUAAACAGGCCUUGAUUUUUAAACAAA